AUGCCCGAAGCGGCGGCGGCCGCGGCGCAGGACGGAGAGCGGCCCCGGCGGGGCCCGGCCGCGGAGGAGCGAGCGGAACCGGCGGCGCCCACCGGAGUGCUGGAUAAACUCUUCGGGAAGCGGCUGCUCCAGGCCGGGCGCUACAUCAUGUCCCACAAGGCCUGGAUGAAAACGGUGCCCACGGAGAACUGCGACGUGCUGAUGACAUUCCCGGACAGCACGGAUGACCACACGCUGCUGUGGCUGCUGAACCACAUCCGCCUGGGCAUCCCCGAGCUGAUCGUGCAGGUGCGGCACCACCGGCACACGCGCGUCUACGCCUUCUUCCUCACCGCCACCUACGAGAGUUUGCUGCGUGGGGCGGACGAGCUGGGGCUGCGCAAGCCGGUGAAGGCGGAGUUCGGAGGCGGCACCCGCGGCUUCUCCUGCGAGGAGGAUUUCAUCUACGAGAACAUCGACAACGAGCUCGGCUUCUUCAGCUCCCAGGAGCGGCAGAGCAUCAUCCGCUACUGGCUGGAGAACCUGCGGGCCAAGCAGGGCGAGUCCCUGCACAACAUCCACUUCCUGGAGGGCCAGCCCAUCAUCCCGGAGCUGGCCGCACGGGGCGUGAUCCAGCAGCUGUUCCCGCUGCACGAGCAGAGGAUCCUCAAGCGCCUGAUGAAGUCCUGGGUGCAGGCGGUGUGCGAGGCGCAGCCCCUCGAUGACAUCUGUGACUAUUUUGGGGUGAAGAUUGCCAUGUACUUUGCCUGGCUGGGCUUCUACACCUCGGCCAUGGUGUACCCGGCCGUGUUCGGCUCCAUCCUCUACACCUUCACCGACAGAGACCAGACCAGCCAGGACAUCUCCUGCGUGGUCUUUGCCAUCUUCAACGUCAUCUGGGCCACGCUGUUCCUGGAGGAGUGGAAGCGCCGCGGCGCCGAGUUCGCCUACAAGUGGGGGACGCUGGACACCCCCGCAGAGUCCCUGGAGGAGCCCCGGCCCCAGUUCCGGGGCACCAAGCGGAUCAGCCCAGUGACCAGCGCUGAGGAGUUCUAUUACCCGCCCUGGAAGCGCCUCCUGUUCCAGAGCCUCGUCAGCCUCCCCGUCUGCCUGGCCUGCCUCAUCCUCGUCUUCCUCCUCAUGCUUGGCUGCUUCCAGCUCCAGGAGUUGGUGCUCAGCAUCCAGGAGCUGCCACGCGUCCUUCGCUUCCUGCCCAAAAUCAUCCUGGCUGUCAUUGUCACUGCCUGUGACGAGAUCUACAAGAAAGUGGCCUUGUGGCUCAAUGACAUGGAGAAUUAUCGGCUUCAGAGCGCCUACGAGAAACACCUCAUCAUCAAAAUGGUCCUGUUCCAGUUCGUCAAUUCCUACCUGAGCCUUUUCUACAUCGGAUUCUACCUCAAGGACAUGGAGCGCCUCAAGGAGCUCCUGCUCAUCCUGUCCCUGUCGCAGAGCCUCGCGCGGCAGCUCCGGGAGGCUCUGCUCCCCUCCAUCCUCCUCCACCUCCACCUCUCCCUCAUCUUCCUCAGGCGCCUCCUGCGCUUUUGCUGGACCCUGGGAGUAUCCAAAAUGCUGGCCACGCUGCUGAUCACGCGGCAGUUCCUGCAGAACGUGCGGGAGGUGUCGCAGCCGCACCUGUACCGGCGGCUCCGGCGCGGCGAGCUGAGCGUGCGGAGCCUGCGGGAGCUCGGGCGGGCCCUGCUCCGCCUGCUCGCCCCGCGGCCGCCCCCGCACGCCCCUGCGGAGGGACAGCGCGGCGAGAAGAAAUGCCUGAACGGGGGCUGCGGCGUGCCCGAGGAGGAGGAGGAGGAGGCGGGAGGGGAGGAAGAGCGGCGCGGCUCGGACUCGGAGGAGGAGAGCGCGCUGGACUGCGGGCUGAAGCUGAAGAAGGUGAGCUUCAUCGAGCGCGCCGAGCGCCGCGCCGAGCCCGCCGGCACCGAGGACGAGCCCUUCCUGGAGGAGGGCAGCCCCACCAUGGUGGAGAAGGGCAUGGACCCCGCGGCCGUGUUCGAGCUCUGCGAGGAGGAGGAGGAGGCCGAAGCGCAGCCCGGCAGCCCCGGCAGGGCGGCGGAGCCGGCGGUGCUGGCGAGGAGGAGGAGGAGGGAGGAGGAGGAGGGCGAGGAGGAAGGGAGGAAGCGCAACCGCGCCUCGUGGAUUGACCCCCCCGAGGAGGAUUACUCCACGCAGCUGACCCAGGCUGAGGUGGAGAGCUGCAUGAAGAAGUACGAGGACACCUUCCAGGACUACCAGGAGAUGUUCAUCCAGUUUGGCUACGUGGUGCUCUUCUCCUCAGCCUUCCCGCUGGCGGCUGCCUGCGCGCUGCUCAACAACGUCCUGGAGAUCCGCAGCGACGCCUUCAAGCUCUGCACGGGCCUGCAGAGACCCUUCGGGCAGCGCGUGGCCAGCAUCGGCCACUGGCAGAAGGUGAUGGAGGCCAUGGGCGUCCUGGCCAUCGUGGUUAACUGCUACCUGAUCGCUCAGUGCGGGCAGCUGCAGCGCCUCUUCCCGGGGCUCAGCCCCCAGGCUGCCAUCGUCUGCGUCGUGGUGCUCGAGCACUUUGCCCUGCUCCUCAAGUACGUGAUCCAGGUGGCCAUUCCCGACAUUCCCGCCUGGGUGGCCGAGGAGAUGGCCAAGCUGGAGUACCAGCGCCGCGAGGCCUUCAAGAAGCACGAGCGGCAGGCCCAGCACCAUUUCCAGCAGCAGCAGCGCCGCAAGCGCGAGGAGGAGGAGCGGCAGCGCCACGCCGAGCUCCAGGCGCGCCGCGACCGCGACCCCGCCCGCGACGAGGCCGCCAAGGCCGAGGCCACCGGGCAGGACCCGGCGCACGACAAGGGCCAGGCCAAAGGGAAAAGCUCCGGCGGCUCCUCCGCGCACGGCCCCGACAAACCCAAGCGGCCCAGCUCGCUGCUGGCCACCAACAACGUGAUGAAGCUGAAGCAGAUCAUCCCCCUGCAGGGCAAGUUCCUGUCCGGGGGCACCGGCGCGGCUGGCACCGCCACCGCCAGGUCGCCGCAGUCGCCCACGGGCAGCGAGAACAAACUGCCGGGGUUCCUGAGCUUCAAAUUCCUCAAAUCGCCCGAGACUAAGCGGGACGCGGGCACCGAGAAGGUGCAGUCGCCCACCAAGCCCUUCAACCCCGGCAAGCUCUUUAAUUUCGGCAAGUCCGAAGGGCUCGGUGCCAACGGGGGCGCGGCCGGAGCGUCCCCGCAGCCCCGCGCGGGGCCCUCGGCGGACGCGGGGCCCGGGAAGUCGCAUCUCAACGAGGAAGGGGCGAGGGAGGAAGCGGAGAACCGGGCGGAGGAGGAGGGCGGCGGUGCCCGGCUCUGA